UCGUGGGGCGUGAGUCGCAGCUAGAGGACGGCGAGCGUCUCCGCUGGCGAACAUUUGCUCCAGCGCCUCGAACUGCAAGGACGUCAAACACAGCCGAAAUCUACCCGGCGUGGACGGCAUCUAUCGACCUGUGGUCGAACGCGUUCUAGAUUAUCAACCAUGAAGCUAUUUUGGGCUGUCGGUGUCCUUGUGUUGAGCUGUUGGCGGACGAACGCGUCCACAGCGCCAACCAUCAUCGCGGAUCCCGCCGAGGUUAACAACCAGACCUCCGCCGUGCUGAGCUGCAAUUUGACCGACACCACUCUCGCGGUCAAGGGCUCUUACUGGACAUACAACGGCAAAGUCAUCGAGACAUCCAAAUCUACGGCCGCUAGCCACAGCACGGUUCUGAAAUUGGACAAGAUCACCCACAGCUCCGGCGGAAAGUAUGAAUGUGUCUUCCAGAGUGAGCCACAAGUGCAGCAAACAAUUGAAGUCAAAACCAUCCCGCAAGUGGCAGCCUACAAGCACUCUGAACACGGCAACGAGAAAGACAAAGGCAUGAUGGUGUGCGUGAGCCAUGGCUACCCGCUGCCGACCGACUGGACCUGGUUCAAGCUUCAAGAUGGCGCCCAAACGCCCAUCAUCAACGGUACCAGUGACAAGUAUGAGAUCAAGAGCACCCCGGAAAAGACCGUGCUGACCGUCAACGACCUGAGCAUCGAGGACGACGUGGGCGACUACGUCUGCUCCGGAACCAGCGAAAUCGGAACCAGCACCGACCAGAUCCACCUGCGCGUUCGCAGCCGUCUCGCCGCCCUCUGGCCCUUCCUCGGCAUUGUGGCCGAAGUCAUCAUCCUUGUGACCAUCAUCCUCAUCUACGAGAAGAGGAGAAAGCCCGACGAGAUCACCGACGACGACGACUCAGGCUCGGCUCCUCUGAAGAGCAACUCCAAUGCCAACCACCAAGACAAGAACGUGAGGCAAAGGAAUUCCAACUAGAAGCAAAAUGGAAAGAGGAUCCAAGAUGUCCUUCUGCACCUCGUCCCGCACAUCCUGCAAUGUCAAAUAACCCCUUUUUUUUCUUCCUGUGCUCAAGUGUUAAUGUCCUUAAGAUUGAUUUCCUCUUGUUCUCUUCUCUAAUAAUCUUCACCAAGCCAUGCUGAACCAGAGAGCUUAGUGUGUGAAAUGCGUCUUUGCUUGCGGCCACAGGGCCACCGUUGCACGAGUUUCAACGCCGUCGUAGCCAAGUGUGUCUUAUUGUAACCAGAAAAAAAAAUAGGAAUAAUCAUCACCGUGUCUAAAAUGAGGAAUGCUAGUUAGUGCAGUUUUUUUUUUGACAAGCCUGUGGAUUGCUGCCAUUCUUUACACUUUGAUUGGUCCCUUUGCAAAAAUCCUCUCAGCAGUUUUAAGCCGCUUUUCCAUUUUCCGUUUCGUACCGCAAGUGUGCACUGUGCAGUGGAGGCUUGCACAGUCCAGUUGAUCCCGCUCCUUUUGAUUGGCGCCUGAGGCCAGGCUGACCGAGGCCAUUUGGGUGUGGUGUCCAACCCUUCUGGAACCUUUGAAAUGGGACCUCAACUGUAAAACACUCUGCUUUGUGUGUGUGUGUGUGUGUGUGUGCGCGUGUGUUUGUUUAUUUUCCAACCGUAGGAAAUCGAUUUACUUUUUUUCAUGUUAAACUUUUUGUUUGGUUAAAAUAAAUAUUGUGUAUUUAUAAAUAGGCUACAUACUGUAUAUGAGAUGAAGGAACAACUGCCAAAAAAAUUGUAACAGCAGUGGCCACACUGAAACAACUCACAGAUAUUUUACUUCCUUUUUGACUUAAUUUGAUCUAAAUUUAAACCUUUCAGUGAUUUUUUUUUCUCUCGUGUGGGAUGGGGUCGAAUCAUGUAACUCUUAAAAAAACAAAACAGUGCAUUCUGCCUGAGUUGUGUGGUGAUUGGAUGUUGCUGUUUUAAAGUUACGACAUUUAAAAAGAUCUUAGCCAGAUUUGUGUGAGUUAACGAAAAUGUCACCAUUUGUUGUACACCUGGCACAAACGGAAUAAAGUUAUCUAAUUUUA